AUGGCCCCCGAGAAGCGGAAUCAGUUCCUGGAUCCCGACGAAAGCGAUGACGAUGGAAGCCAAGGCUAUGACUCGGAGGCUGAGCAGGUGCAAAAGGGUGGUCGAACGGCCAAGCGUCGCAAACUUGGCGACAAUGUCGCAAGCGACGAAGACGAUGCAUUGAGCGCCGACGAGUACAACGACGAGAGCGACGAACCUACAGUAACAUCGCAACCAAAGACGGAGACGUUGACCCCCAAAAACCUGCCCGACAAAGCCGACGGAGAAAAGUCCAAGUCCCGAAACAGGGCAGAGCUGCCAGACGUAUCGAGGCCCUUGACCAAGAAGAACCUGGUGGCGUCCCAGAAGGCCGUCAAGAAGUCCGGAGUCAUAUACAUCUCGAGAGUACCUCCCGGAAUGAAGACGGCCAAGUUGAGAAACCUGCUCGAACCCCUUGGUACCAUCAACAGGAUAUGGUGCGCGCCCGAAGAUCCCCAAAUACGGUCUCGGCGUAUCAAGUCCGGUGGGAAUAAGAAGAAGAACUUUACUGAGGGAUGGAUCGAGUUCGUCAACAAGAAAGAAGCAAAGGCAGCUGUUGAACUCCUCAAUGGCAAUUUGAUUGGAGGGAAGAAGGGGUCGUACUUCCGCGACGACGUGUGGAGUCUCAUCUACCUCAAAGGAUUCAAGUGGAAUAACCUGACCGAACAAAUCGCAUCGGAGACCGCCGAAAGGGCCAGCCGAAUGAGGGCAGAAAUCAGCAAAGAGCAGAGGAAUACCAAGGAAUUUGUGCGGAAUAUUGAACAGGGCAAGAUGCUUGAAGGUAUAGAAAGCAAGGCUGCAGCAAAGAAGGGCAGCGGCGACGGAAAUCCAGACAAGGCCUCGUCUCUUGCGGAAAGGUCGGGUCAGCCUAAGAGCAAGCUGAAGUUCACACAGUCUGCUGUGGGCAACAAGGGAACCGACAAGGCCCCUGAAGAAGCUCAACGAGUUUUCCGGCAACUGUUUUAA